AUGGCUCUUGUUGACGCAAACUAUAAAUUUAUAAGUGUUGAUGUUGGAUCAAUGGGAAGAUUUAGUGAUGCCAAUAUUUUUACGAGCAGUGUGUUAGCAAAAAAAAUGAACAGACAAUCUUUACAAAUUCCACCACCAGAAUUUUUACCUGUAUUUCAACAACCGUUGCCAUAUAUUUUUGUAGCGGACGAAGCAUUUCCAUUAUCGGAAAAUUUAAUGAGACCUUAUCCGAAAAAAAGUGUUGUAGGAAAUAUGGAAAAUAAAAUUUUUAAUUACAGACUUUCACGAGCACGACAAACAGUAAAAUGCACUUUUGGUAUAUUAGCGUCCUGUUUUCGCGUUUUUCGAAAACCAUUUGAAAUUAAAGUAGAGAGUGUUGACAAUGUUGUCAAAGCGGCUUGUGUGUUACACAAUUAUUUGCGAAAAGAAACGAUUAUUUCAAAUAAUAUAACAGAGGAAAUUGGUGAAAUGCCGGAUACUCAGUUACUUCCAUUGGCCAACAACAAUUGUAGAACUGGAUCUAACGCUUUUUUAGUGAGACAAAAGUAUACAGAUUACUUUAAUACAGUAGAAGUGUACCUUGGCAAGUAG